CCUCCCCCCAUCCUGCAUGUGGAGCGCGCGCUGACGGACGGAGUUGCAGCAGGGUCUCUCGCCACUGCAGGGGGCUGGAAAAGAGAGAAAAGAGGGAUAAAGAAUGGAUUGCUAACACCGCUUCUCCUCUCUCGCGCCUUUCCGCCGCCUGACGUCAUGCUCAAUGUCUCGCAAUAGUUUUUAACCCAACAAAAAUGAGGAUUUCUUGUCGUCGUCUUCUGCUGGUCUUCUCGUGCGUUUGGGGUCUCAGCAUGGGCGCCUUUCCGAGCAGCGUUCAGAUCGGAGGACUGUUUAUCAGAAACACAGAUCAGGAGUACACUGCCUUUCGCUUGGCCAUAUUUCUGCACAACACGAGCCCCAAUGCGUCGGAGGCGCCCUUUAACCUCGUGCCCCACGUGGACAACAUUGAGACGGCCAACAGCUUCGCCGUGACCAACGCCUUCUGCUCACAGUACUCGAGGGGUGUGUUUGCCAUCUUCGGCCUGUAUGAUAAGCGCUCGGUACACACCCUGACGUCAUUCUGCGGAGCUCUCCACAUCUCCCUCAUCACCCCCAGCUUCCCCAUCGAGGGCGAGAGUCAGUUCGUGCUGCAGUUGAGACCCUCUAUACGAGGGGCACUGCUCAGUAUCCUGGACCACUACGACUGGAACCGCUUUGUCUUCCUCUAUGACACAGACCGGGGAUAUUCCAUCCUGCAGGCCAUCAUGGAGAAGGCAGGACAGAACGGCUGGCAGGUCAGCGCCAUCUGCGUGGAGAACUUCAACGAUGCCAGCUACCGGCAGCUACUGGAGGACCUGGACCGCAGGCAGGAGAAGACGUUCGUGAUAGAUCUGGAACCAGAGAGACUCACCAACAUGCUGGAGCAGAUUGUGAGCGUCGGCAAGCAUGUCAAAGGCUACCAUUACAUCAUGGCAAAUUUGGGCUUUAAGGACAUCAAUCUGGAGCGUUUCAUGCACGGCGGGGCGAAUGUGACGGGUUUUCAGCUAGUGGACUUCGGCAAUCCCAUGGUGAUUAAGCUCCUGCAGCGCUGGAACAAGCUGGACCAGCGCGAGUACCCCGGCUCAGACAGCCCACCCAAGUACACCUCCGCUCUGACAUACGACGGUGUGAUGGUGAUGGCAGAAGCUUUCAGGAAUCUGCGCAGGCAGAAGGUGGACAUCUCCCGCAGGGGCAAUGCUGGAGACUGCCUGGCCAAUCCUGCGGCCCCCUGGAACCAGGGGAUAGACAUGGAGCGGACCCUCAAGCAGGUCCGGCUCCAAGGAUUAACAGGAAACGUCCAAUUCGACCACUACGGGCGCAGAGUCAACUACACCAUGGACGUGUUCGAGCUGAAGAACAACGGCCCUCGACGAAUUGGCUAUUGGAAUGAUGCUGAUAAGUUGGUUCUGAUCCAGGAUCAAGCGUUACUCCCUAACGAGACCUCCGGCAUGGAGAACAGGACUGUGGUGGUGACGACCAUCAUGGAAGGACCUUAUGUGAUGCUGAAGAAAAACUGGGAGAUGUACGAGGGUAAUGACAGGUAUGAGGGAUACUGCGUGGAUCUGGCGUCUGAGAUCGCCAAACACAUUGGCAUCAAAUACAAGAUCUCUAUCGUGCCGGACGGAAAAUACGGAGCUCGGGACCCGGAGACCAAGAUCUGGAACGGCAUGGUCGGGGAGCUGGUGUACGGGAAAGCGGAAAUCGCUGUGGCCCCAUUAACUAUCACCCUGGUCCGGGAGGAGGUCAUUGACUUCUCUAAGCCCUUCAUGAGCUUGGGCAUCUCCAUCAUGAUCAAGAAGCCUCAAAAGUCCAAGCCGGGCGUGUUCUCCUUCCUGGACCCGUUGGCCUACGAGAUCUGGAUGUGCAUCGUGUUCGCCUAUAUCGGCGUGAGCGUGGUGCUCUUCCUGGUCAGCCGCUUCAGCCCGUACGAGUGGCACACCGAGGAGCCCGAGGAGGGCACCGACGGUCCGCCCAGUGACCAGCCCCCCAAUGAGUUUGGGAUCUUCAACAGUCUCUGGUUCUCCCUGGGAGCUUUCAUGCAGCAGGGCUGUGACAUCUCACCCAGGUCACUGUCUGGCCGCAUCGUGGGAGGCGUGUGGUGGUUCUUCACCCUCAUCAUCAUCUCCUCCUACACGGCCAACCUGGCUGCCUUCCUCACAGUCGAGAGGAUGGUGUCGCCCAUCGAGAGCGCUGAAGAUCUGGCCAAGCAGACAGAUAUAGCUUACGGCACUCUAGACUCAGGUUCCACCAAAGAGUUCUUCAGGAGGUCAAAGAUCGCUGUGUAUGAGAAAAUGUGGGGCUACAUGAAGUCGGCCGAGCCCACGGUGUUCACUAAGACCACGGCGGAGGGCGUGGCUCGGGUGCGCAAGUCGAAGGGGAAGUACGCCUUCCUGCUGGAGUCCACCAUGAACGAGUACACGGAGCAGCGCAAGCCCUGCGACACCAUGAAGGUCGGGGGGAACCUGGACUCCAAGGGCUACGGAGUCGCCACGCCCAAGGGCUCACAGUUAAGAACUCCCGUAAACCUUGCCGUUUUGAAACUGAGUGAAUCAGGCAUCUUAGACAAGCUGAAAAACAAAUGGUGGUACGAUAAGGGCGAGUGUGGACCCAAGGACUCGGGAAGUAAGGACAAGAGCUCUCAGGCCCUCAGCCUCAGUAAUGUGGCGGGGGUCUUCUACAUCCUGGUGGGGGGCCUGGGCCUGGCCAUGCUGGUGGCCCUCAUCGAGUUCUGCUACAAGUCGCGAAACGAGGCCAAGAGAAUGAAGCUGACCUUCACCGAAGCCAUGCGGAACAAAGCUCGACUGUCAAUCACGGGGAGUGUGGGCGAGAAUGGGCGUGUCCUGACCCCCGACUGCCCUAAAGCCGUCCACUCCGGCCCCUCCCUACGACAGAGCUCCGGCCUGGCUCUGGUCUCGUCCGACUUGCCGUGAAAACCAAAAACGACCAAGUGCCUUAAAAACAAAAAAAUUCCACUGAACCACAACUAUCAGAACAACCAACCCGAACAGCACCAACGGUUUCCGAGCUGAGAAAUCACCGUGACCAAUCUUUAGAUGGACAAUGAUCCGGGGCCCUUCGGCUGCUCCAUACACUGAAAAACACUGGGGGAGAAGAUCCAGAUACAGAUUCACUGUGGAGCGGCAAUGAGAUAUGCUAUACGAGAGAUGAUUUCAGCACAGACAGACAGACAGACAAAAGAAAGACAGACAGCAGUGAGACGAGACGAGACAAGUCGUCUGCAACCUCCAGACGUUUGCAGCCUCUGUCUGCAGCCUCUUUUUUUAAGAGCUUGUGCUGCUGCUCAGAGCCAAACGAGCAGGAUCGCAAUCGCAGAGGAGAAAUGAACUGAAAUAAAGGACAAAAAAGGAAAAAGGGUAAGAGGACCACUAAACUGUAAUUCUGAAACAGACAAAAAAAACAAAACAAAACUUGACUUGAAAUGUUUGGCGAAUCAACGUGAAAUCACGCUCGCUCUAACACCCGGCCAUAAUCCUUGCCAAACUGAAGUAUCGAGGCGUAAAUCUCGAUAAGGAAAGCUUAAAAAGCGGGCAUUUCCAUGCCCGAGAGGGUUUUCAAUUGUAACAUGAAUAAUAAUAAUAAUAAUAAUAAUAAUAAUAAUAACUCAAAACAGUAUUACUGAUACUUACUGAUACUAAAAACUGUGAAGAAGAGUAAAUGUAUAUUCUACUAAAUCAUAACUAAAGAAAUUAUUAUUAUUUACAUCGCUUUGUAAAUAGAAAUGAAGACUGUACAACUCGCUUGCUUUUUAAACCAAUGUAAAUAGCCGAUUCUGUAGUGGACAAAGUAUAAUUCUCUUUUUUAACCAUCUUUAGAAAAGAAUUCAUUGCAAUAAUGGAUAGAAAUUUGUGAAGAAAUGUACAAAAAAAUAUAUUACAAAAAUGGUUUAUUUAUAUAGAGACAUACAGUAUGUGAAAAUCUAAAUCUAUACAAUACAAUGAAAUAAAAAGUGAAAAAACUAAAAACUAAAAACUAUGGGCAUGUUGUGGUGAACUGAAGUGGAGAUGCAGUGCUCAGCUGAACCUGGGGGAGGGCGAGUCUAAAUGUGGUGGGAUAUCUAUAUCUAAACGAAGGCCCUUCUCCAAGCCCAUGCCCUGCAUACGCUCACUGUGCAGUUGUAGACCAUGGAACUUUCUAGACUGUUUUAUUUUUUAUUUAUUUUCCUCAGAAACAGACUUUAUUUUUUUGGAUUUUACGUGGUUGGUCGAUUCACACAUGAGAAAUUGGUCAUGUCUGAAUUUUUUUCAGUAGUUUUAAUAUUUCUUAUUUCAGUGUCUGCCCGUUCAUUUUUUUAGAGCAGCCGCCGUGUGUUUAUGAAUGAAAUAAUGAGAAUAUAUAUAUAUAUAAUGGAUAUAGUGGAUAUGUGGGUGGUAGGAGUUCUGAAGUUCUUACAUUGAACGUAAUACAAAGGAAAAACACUUUUCACUGAAGCUACUUUAUCAACUAAAAGGAAAAAAAAAUUAACUAAAAAAAAAGAGAGAGAGGGGAGUGUAUAGAAAAGCAACACUGAGAACUCUGAAGACACUGUAUUGUUUAGAGCCAUGGUCAGAGCCCGGCUUUGGCCUUUUCUACAAAACACUGUGUAACCUCAACCAGGCCUUUGAGCAUGUUCUCCUCCAGAACCUGUAGCAAUGGAGCAAUGGGUCUCCAGCCAGAGGAACGAAUCUGGACUUAUACACCGGACAUCUGGACUUAAAGGACAAUGAAGGGACGUUAAAGCUUCAGGGCAUCACAAUGGGACACUGACCUAUCCUGUUUAACCGACUACUGCCCAAACCUCCUUCAAACUCAAGGCAUUUUACCUUAUAAAGUGCAAUUUCUGCUCUGUU